AUGAACACAGCCAUCAUCACCGGCGCCGCCCAAGGCGUGGGCCUCUGCAUCGCUGAAGCCCUCGCCCAGCGCAACUAUCGCAUCGUGCUCAGCGACAUCGACACCGAAAAGGGCCCCGCCGCUGCUUCCAAGCUCAACCUCACUCACGGCGAGGGCACUGCCGCCUUCUUCCCCUGCGAUCUCUCCAAUCUACGGGAAAUCGAUGCCCUCCUCUCCUUCACCAUCGAGACCAUGGGCGGGUUUUCCGUGCUGAUCAACAACGCGGGGUACCUCCGCGCGCCGUUCCUUGCGCUCUCCGCGCAGGACAUCCAGGAUAUGAUCACCGUCAAUCUAACGGCGCCCAUUUACGCAACCCAGCAGGCUAUCAAAUACUGGGAUGGGCUUGACCAGGGCCAGGCCGGAUGCGUGGUCAGCGUGACCUCCUCGUCGUCGUUCAAGACGUAUGCGAGCAUCGCACCGUACGGAGCGGCCAAGGCCGGCGCCGCCAUGUUUACCUUUGCGGCUGGGGCGUUUCAUCCGCGCGUGAGGGUGAAUGCGGUGGCGCCGACCGCGAUUGCAACGGGCUUUGACAAGAAUCGCAUGCGGGUGGAGACGGACCGUACGGGGCCAGGGUAUACGCCCGAGGAGGAGAUGCGGGCAAUGGGGUUGAAGAGGUUGCAGCCGCAGGAAGUGGCGGACGCGGUGGUGCGGUGUGUGGAGGAUGAGGAGCUGUAUGGGAAGGUCCUGUACUUGGAUGCGGUGGAGGGGAUCAAAAUACAUGAUGGAUAUACGUAG